UCCGGGCCUGAAUCUGACCCCGACGCGCCGCCCAAGAAGCGAAUGAGACUCCAGGAAGGCGAGGCAGGGAAAUUGGAGGAGAGAUUGUAUUCCGUACUCUGCUGCACCGUGUGCCUAGACCUACCCAAAGCCUCCGUCUAUCAGGUAAACUGUGAAUUUGGCUUUCAUAUGUUUGGUGCCUUAAUAUUUUUAUAUAACGUUGGCUAACUAGCUAGACGUAUGACAGCUUAUUUAGACGCUUAUCACAAUUGUGUUAAGCUGUAACAUGUUGGCUAGGACUAGUGAGAUUCUCCGUAAGCAUAAGCUAAUUAGCUGGCUACUAUAAAUGUGAUGCUAGCAAAUGUUACCUGCAGUAUGCUGGAUAAGUAAAAUGCAUACUUAACGUUAUUCCCGGAAUGUCCGGAUUUUUCUGUCAAAACUGGACUGUUCCGAGAAAAAGUACGCAUACGACGCCAUAGAUGGACAAAAGUGGUAAUUGGUGUGCUGUCCACCCCCGAAACCGACGAGCAAAACAGUAGCAUUAGCUAACGUUAGUUAUAGCUGAAAUCCACAAUGUAUUUGUAUCCUCAAAUAACCUUUGUACGCAGUCGCAUAGGUCUUUGCUUGCAGUACUUAAUAGAAACUGUCAAGUCCUUACUUUUUACCAGUGUGAAAUACUCAAAUUAUCAAGCGCGUAUCUAAGACAUGUCUUUGGAACACACACACUUCUAAUAAGUCUGGAGAAACAGAAAUGGAGACGUCGAGCUUUUUUCAUGUAUAAGAAUGUAUAUGAAAUGCGUGACUAAUAAAAUGCUACUAGCCUUUUCUUAUAAUAUUCCCGUGUUUUCUGUGAUAGAUAUGCCGGAGAUAUUUUAAAAAAUCGAUUUUUUUAGGUUAUCGCUACUGAACGCCACGUUUACUAAGCCAACCAUUGUUGUCCGCUUUUUUAAAAGACCAAUCCCAAUUGGACCUCCUAAUUCUUCACUUCAUUCAUGCUCUAGCAACGUACAAAUAAUCAAUGACCAACUGAGAAACAGUGACAAACAUCCCCCACCCCACCCCACCCCACCUCAUCUCAUAUCAUAUCACAUCACACAGCCAGCACACAUGCACACACGUACAUACACACACGCUCUGUGUGGACCCACCCUUGAAUAUUUUUGUCCUGUACCAUUCAUUUGUUCACUUGUCCUAAUUUAGUUUUAUUUUUAAUGCCGAAAAUCUGACAAAAUCCACACCAGGGUUAAUUGUCUAGCAUCUCGCUGAUGCCAGAUUAGAAGAUAAAUUAUGAAGAUAACUGAUAAGCCUGUCCCCCCUGGCAUCUAGUUCAAACAUACAAUUGUAUCAUGUUUUCACAAGAUAAGACAAUCCUCAUUCAUCUAAGGAUUAUGAUAUUGAUUCUGUAAUUUUGAUUCUAGAUUGUAGAAUUGGUAUCCUAUAAUUGCAGUAUGGUUUCAGGACUGGUUUCAGCAAUUUGUAAUCAAGUCCUUCAGUGGCAAGUUGCCAGUUUGGCAUUGACCUUGGGAUUAUGCACCUGUUGAGCAAUCAUUAAUAACCACCAGCUCAGUUAUCAGAAUCCUCUCAAUUAGUCACAUGGCGUGUGUUCAUACCAUCUUGAUUUCAACUGCAAUCUGGGCUCACUCUGUGAUCGUGUUACCUCCUUAGUAAAGAAAAGUUUGGUAGCUUGUGCAGUCAGCAGCACUGGAGGGUAAAAAGCUGAGAUGGUGUAUCAAGUUUCUUUGGAGAAAAAAUUAUGCAAUCAAAUAUUUCACUGAAUUGCUGCUUAGUGUUUAAAAUGGAUAAAUAAUGGUCAUGAACAGCAAACAGACUAUAUUUCUGCAACCCACACACACAGUGCUGAAAUGGUACAUAAGACAUAUUGUCUCUAUUGUACGUUCAUGAUGCUACCACUCAAGCUGGUAGCAUAAAUUAAAUUUGACAUAGGUGAUGCCAGUGCCCUUAUAUGGGAAUUAACUGUUGACUGAAUUGAGUUGAUGCUUGCCUCAGUGCUGGGGGUAAGGUGUUGGAGAUAUUUGCAUUUACUGAGAAUAGUUUCAAUGGUAAACAUUUUUUGAUCUGUUAAUCUUGUCAUCGAGGUACAAAGACAAAUUAGAUCAUACCAGUUUAUUUACAUAGCAAACUGACACAUUUUUUUAGUCAAGUUAACUAUUGAUUUAUGACAGAGAUUAAAUUUAAUUUUUUAAUUUGGAUUACAUUUGUGACCUUUCUUGUAGACUCUAGUCUAGGCAAUUCAACUGUUCUGAUUAACUAGCUGUCUAUAUUUGGUUGGAUUGCUUUGAUGAUCUCUAGCUUCCUAGUCAGUCCAGCCAUACCCUGCUAUAGUGUGAGAAUUAGCUAGCUUGAUAUUCCGGUAUUGUCAAAAACAGUUUUACUGAAUUGGCUAACAACGACCACCUUCAAAUCACGUAAACAUGUUAUCAAGAGAUGCUGUGGGUGGAUGUGACAUACAUCAUCUUCAACAGAAGUUCCCAUGAAGCUGCCUGCUUACAGUGUACGAACGGGCACCUGAUGUGCGCAGGCUGCUUCAUCCACCUGCUGGCCGACUCGCGUCUGAAGGAGGAGCAGGCCACCUGCCCCAACUGCCGCUGCGAGAUCAGCAAGAGCCUGUGCUGCCGGAACCUGGCGGUGGAGAAGGCGGUGAGCGAGCUGCCCUGCGACUGCAGCUUCUGCCUCAAGCAGUUCCCGCGCAGCGGCCUGGAGCGCCACCAGAAGGAGGAGUGCCAGGACAGAGUUACCCAGUGUAAGUACAAGCGGAUUGGCUGCCCGUGGCAGGGUCCCUUCCAUGAGCUGACUGCCCACGAGGCUGAGUGCUGCCACCCAACCAAGACGGGCAACGAGCUGAUGGGCAUCCUGGACGAGAUGGACCAGUCCCACCGCAAGGAGAUGCAGCUGUACAACAGCAUCUUCAGCCUGCUCUGCUUCGAGAAGAUCGGCUUUACAGAGGUGCAGUUCCGGCCGUACCGCACCGACGACUUCAUCACCCGGCUGUACUACGAGACGCCGCGCUUCACCGUGCUCAACCAGACCUGGGUGCUGAAGGCGCGGGUCAACGACUCGGAGCGCAACCCCAACCUGUCCUGCAAGCGCACGCUCUCCUUCCAGCUGAUCCUGAAGAGCAAGGUCAACUCGGCGCUCGAGUGCUCCUUCCUGCUGCUCAAGGGGCCCUACGACGACGUGAAGAUCAAGCCCGUCAUCAACCACCACGUCUUCAGCAACGACACCAACGAGACGGACUACGUGCCCCUGCCCAUCAUCGACUCGGUCGAGUGCAACAAACUGCUGGCGGCCAAGAACAUCAACCUCCGCCUCUUUAUAUUCCAGAUCCAGAAAUGAUGAGAGAGAGGGGGGCUGAGAGAGGGGUGGGAGGGAGAGGGGGAUGGAGAGAGGGACAGAGAGAGGUGGGGGGGGGGGUGGUGGGGGGGAGCGGGGGAACAGAAAAGGCUGCUUUAGCCGUCUCAUGUUCACGUGAGAGAAGUAGAGAUUAAACGGGCCAACAGCCUCGGAAAGCACCACUGAACCGAAGUUACCUCUUUAAAGAAGCGAGCAGGUCGCCAUGGCGACGGCGUAGGCGGGGGGGUUGGCGUGCGGGUGGGCGGGUCUUCAUGGUGGGUGGGGGGUGGGGGGGAUGCAGUGAGGUUUCAGUGUCCCAAAUUGUCUACUCUGUGCACAGUGAAAAUGUUCAGUGUUAAAUUAACUCUUACCAUGUACAUGUGGUCCCUGAUGGGCUCAUUUAAGCUCUGUCAGAGUUGCUUUAACACUGGAUAUUUUACCAUGUACACAGGGUCUCCCACCGAUUUUGUGACUUAUCAGUGCAGUAAAUGGCUGUGUGCUCUGGUUACAUUUGUGUUUACAGCUGUUCCAUAGACCUGUGAUGGUCUACAGUGGCAUUCUCAGUCUGUAUAUUUCUGAGCGUAGAUGGUUUUAUGGUAGCGUACGUCUGCAAGGUGGCAGUCUCAUUCAACGCUGAGUCGUACAUAAUAAACUAUAUCACAGCGGCUGUUGCAUGACAGCUAUUCAUGCAAUUUUAGAAUGUCUUUUAGUGGAUCUGAAUGCCUUUUUGAUAUUCCUUAUCAAAGAAUCAAUUCCCACAUCAUAAGGAGCUAAUCUGUGUCUACCAAAUCUAUGUUUUUUUUCAUCUAGGACGAUAGUUCUGGGUGGGUUUGUUAAAAGAAAAGGAAACAGUUCCCCCUCCCCCCUUUCUGGAUGGUUGACAGAAGGCAGUCAUGCUAUGCUGAGUUAUGCCUCUAUAUCAGAUGGGAAUGGAAGCUGUCUGAGGAGACAGGUUUAUGGUUCAUGAGGGUGCUUUGUCACACAGAGCUGUGGGUCUGUAAGGUCUGAUAAGGGGUGAGGUGGGGAUGCUUUUUUAAGUGUGGGGGGUUGGGGGGGGGGGGUCCAGCUCUCUUAAUGAAAUUGCGAGUGUGUGAGUGGGUGCUGGGGUUCCUGGGCGCAGUGUGUUAGGGUACCUGCGCUGAGAGGGGUCUGAAGCCCGCGGGAUGGCCUGUCUGGCGUCACUGUUUUACCGCAACUCGGCCGACGUGCCCGCCGGCUCCUUCCCCUCGCCUGCGUUACGCAUGCCGAGCUGCGACCCCGCCCCUGGUCCCUGGUCUCGCCGCUCAGCUUGCGACCGAAGCCUAGAACGCGGCGCGUGCAUCGCGCUGCUGGAGAACGGGCUGCAGAGCCGUCAGCAUCGGGGAGUCCACCCCCCCCCCCGCCCCCCCCCCCCAUGGUUCGCUGCGGUUUCCAGCGCCACCAAAAUAAGCGCCGGUGCUUUCUCCACAGCUCAAGCCGCUGUGCUUCAGCUGCUCGUCUGCCUGCUUCUUGCCUGGUUGCUCAAGUCUUGUUGCCAUUGCAUCAUUUCCUGUGGCUUUCUUCCACGGGCUUCUUCUUCUCUGCGCUAAUUAGAUAGACUGAUCUCAUUAGCAUCUAGGCUGUCUGGUACAAUGGCGAUCAGCAAAGAGGAUCAUCAACCCCAGAUGAUUUGCAGAUGCGUGAACAGGAAACAUUGACCCAAAUAAACAAGCCCUACGCUCAUGAAGGAGACUGCUUCCCAGAAACGGCGUCUGGACUUUUUAUUUAUUUUUUAUUUUUUGUAAACGGGCACUCUGGAAAAAAUGGACUUUCUUGAAAGUGAUUCUAAGCUCGUAGGCGCACAAAAGCAAUUAUGGUAGCAUGUGAGCCUCUGGCACGCUGCGAGAUCAGUGCCAUUAAGCUGCAGCCGGUGUCAGUGUGCACGCUGGUAUGCUGACGGUCCGCCUGUCAUCUUGCCGUGUGUUCUAGGCUUUGCGAGAGCAGGGAGGGGUUGGGAGCUGUGGAAUGUUUCUCUGAUGCAUGGCAUUGGCCAGAAUCUUUGGUACAGCAUUUCACUGGCUGAGUGUUCUGCUGUUCUGGAACUGAGGGGGGUCCCUUUUUGCUUGUGAGAGUGCUCUGUUGGGCCAUGGCUUGGGGGGCACUGCUCCCUUGUCGUCUGCAUUAGACGCACUCGUACACCGCAUGUGAAUAACUGUAUGUUCACAUGGUCAUUUGGCAUAUAUACAGUGUACGUCAACCGGACUGUCAGCCCCCAAAACACCAAAAAAACAAAACCAACACAAAAAAUUGUUAAUGAAUUAUUACUGCCCCUUUUUGAAAAGAAGCCAGGGGCACCCAUUUUACUGCAGUCCUGGAGUCUCACCUUGCAGGGAGAAAACUGCUGUGUUUGGCCUCAUACCUCCGCCUUAUUAGAGUUUGAGCUUUGCAUGAACAUUUUUUAGUUUCCCUUAAAAGAAGAAGAAGAAAUAUAUGAAUAUAUAUAAGUACCAAUAUUUGCAUAACCCUUGAAGCUAACUUAUAUAUUUUAUUUUCUUUUUUAACAUUAGUAUUUGAGUAUCUGUGAAUUUGCCAUUUUAGAUUUGAUUUAUCUUUGUGUAGGAUUCUGGCCAUUGCCACCAUAUUACAAAUGAGUUGGUUUUUCCCCUGAAGAACAGAAUAUGAACUUGUGUAUUAAAUUAUGAUGAUGCAUACUGUGAAUUCAGGUCCUUGUUUUUCAUCUUUUUUUAUUUUUACUUUUUUUUGUUUUUUUUGGGGGGGGGGGGGCUUUGUGGUGGACACUAUGACCCUACUUGACUUGAGGUGAUGUAAAUGGUGUUUAUGUAAAACAAUCAUUUCUUUCAAGGACUUGAUGCCCGAGAGCUGGCCUGACUAAUCUAAAGCUUUUCCUGUCUGCUACCACUUCUGACUAAACCAAGAUGUUACUUCAUAUUUCCGCUCUGGGGUUUGAUGGCAGAGUUUGACAGUGGGAGCCCUGUGGAAUAAAGACUAGGGAUUAUUGGGCUUGGGGACAAAUGACGCAGAAGUUAGGAAGCCAGUGACCAAGUUGUACAUUAGUGCUGUAGGAAUAACCCAGCUGCUCUCUAACUGGCUUGUUAGCUGUUACACCUGCAGCGCUCUGGACAGAUGAAGUAUGCUGUGCCUGCACGUCGGGCACAUUCAACACACCAGGACCAAAAAGAAGAAAAACAAAAUGGCUGUCCGUUUAUUACUUGCAGGUCCUGCUGCGCCCAACUGAGAAAUGUCCAGACGCAUCUCCAGCCCAAGGCUCUUCACAUUCACUCUUAAAAUGCAGAUUUGUCACUCUAACAGAGACUUUGCGUUAAAACGUCUGUAUUGCCACGCCUGUGAAUUCUCCCAUGAAGUUUUGACAUGCUUGUCAUGCCUAGUUCACCUGCUUUUCUGACAUCUUUCUUCAGUGUUUGGUGGAACUAUGAAAAUUUGAGAAUACAGAACACUGUAGAAGUGACAACCUUUUUUUUUUUAUUCAACUAGUGGAGGAAACGCGGGUAUGCAGUUCGGGGUGUUUUGACGUAUUAGCUUUUUAGAGUUACUAGAGUAAUUCUAAAUAAGAGAAUGUUAUAACUAGAUGAUGUUUAGAGAGUAUAUUCCCAUUUAAAGUACUUCUAGUCCAUUGUUUAAGUCUGUAUUUUGUGUGGAUGAAGCUUUACUGUUUCUUUGCCACCAAUCUCACAUCCCACUGUUGCUGUAAAUGUGCCUUUCGAUUAAAGCUCUCCUGUAAACCCUUAA